CGCUGCACCACAGGCCAGAGACAGACUGGGCCGGGAAGAGCUGGAGACUGAGGAGGAGGCGGAGGCGGCGGCAGAGGCGGGGCGACUCCAGUGACCGGGAGCGCCGCAGACUGGCAGCUGCGGCGACUCCCCCCUUUGUGUCUGGUCUGCUCGGAGCCACUGGAAGUGCUUCCCGGAGGGGCGCAGGGUGUCUCGCCUCCUUGCUGCCCACCCCCUUCCCCGGCUACCUUCCUCCGCCCUCCCGCCGCCCCCCGCCCUCGGCCCGCGACGCCCGAGCUCCGCCGGGAGCCCAGAGCUGCGGGAGAACGAGGCGGCGGCGGCGGCGGCGGCGGCGGCGGCGGCUUCCUCGGGGGGUUGUGAUUCUCUCACAGGAGCCAUUGACUGGAGAAGACAAGGCUUUCAUGGUGGAAUUUAUCUCAGGCAAGAUCGAGCCGCCGGAAUAAAAAGCGAGGAAGGGAAGGGAGCACCGCUGGGAGGACUAGAAGGGGCAGCCUCUUGCACCCCCUCCGCUCGCCGUCUCGGGGAGCUCGAGCCCGGGCCGCGACCCCUCCCCUCCCCCGCUCCCACCUCCCUUCAGCCCUCGCCAGGGCCUUCCCGACCCUCGCACGAUUGUUCCGCAAAGGCGUGGGGACUGUGGGCUUGUCCAUGGAGGCAGGCACUUUUUUCGAUUCAGUCGAGGAAGAGGAUUUGUUCUCGAAAUCACAGUGAGGGAAGCACCGAAGCGAAACUUAAGGAAUCCUGCCUUCCUGGAGCCGCUGGCGAUGCGACUCGGGCCGCCGGGCGCCGCCGCCGCCCGCCCGGCUUCGCCCUUCCUGGCAGUCGGGAACUAGUUCUGAACUCGUCCCCCGGCCUCGGAUCGAUCCCCGCCCUCCGCACCCUGGAUAUGUUUUCUCCCAGACCUGGAUAUUUUUUUGAUAUUGUGAAACUACGAGGGAAAUAACUUCGGUGAUUUCGUCUUGGAUCCCUGCUUUCCCCACGGACAUGCCUUCAGUUUGGAUGGCUGCAGCACCCCAUCCGAGGCGAAGGAACCCCCCCCAGCCGCGAGGGAGAGAAAUGAAGGGAAUUUCUGCAGCGGCAUGAAAGCUCUGCAGCUAGGUCCUCUCAUCUGCCAUUUGUCCUUUCAAACUGCAUUGUGAUACGGGCACGAUCAGUCCACGGGAGAGGAGACGAACCUCCCGGCUGUUUCUCCGCGGGUAUCCACUUCCCGUAUUUCUUUUCUUUGCUCUCCUGCUUCUUGGCUGGCCCAGGGAUGACUUUCUCGCUGCAGCGGCCCUGGCGGGUGCCCUGGCUACCAUGGACCAUCCUGCUGGUCAGCGCUGCGGCCGGCCUUCACAUUCACUUACUGCUCACACAUGGACCUAGAGCAACUUCUAGUCCUAUAAGCUCCAUUCAUGCUUCGCAGAAUCAAGAACGGCUAUGUGCAUUUAAAGAUCCAUAUCAGCAAGACCUUGGGAUAGGUGAGAGUCGAAUCUCUCAUGAAAAUGGAACAAUAUUAUGCUCAAAAGGUAGCACCUGCUAUGGCCUUUGGGAGAAAUCAAAAGGGGACAUCAAUCUUGUAAAACAAGGAUGUUGGUCUCACAUUGGGGAUCCCCAAGAGUGUCACUAUGAAGAAUGUGUAGUAACUACCACUCCUCCCUCAAUUCAAAAUGGAACAUACCGUUUCUGCUGUUGUAGCACAGAUUUAUGUAAUGUCAACUUUACUGAGAAUUUUCCACCUCCUGACACAACACCACUUAGUCCACCUCAUUCAUUUAACCGAGAUGAGACAAUAAUCAUUGCUUUGACAUCAGUCUCUGUGUUAGCUGUUUUGAUAGUUGCCUUAUGGUUUGGAUACAGAAUGUUGACAGGAGACCGUAAACAGGGUCUUCACAGUAUGAACAUGAUGGAGGCAGCAGCAUCCGAACCCUCUCUUGACCUAGAUAAUCUGAAACUGUUGGAGCUGAUUGGCCGAGGUCGAUAUGGAGCAGUAUAUAAAGGCUCCUUGGAUGAGCGUCUGGUUGCUGUAAAAGUGUUUUCCUUUGCAAACCGUCAGAAUUUUAUCAAUGAAAAGAACAUUUACAGAGUGCCUUUGAUGGAACAUGACAACAUUGCCCGCUUUAUAGUUGGAGAUGAGAGAGUCACUGCAGAUGGACGCAUGGAAUAUUUGCUUGUAAUGGAGUAUUAUCCCAAUGGAUCUUUAUGCAAGUAUUUGAGUCUCCACACAAGUGACUGGGUAAGCUCUUGCCGUCUUGCUCAUUCUGUGACCAGAGGACUGGCCUAUCUUCACACAGAAUUACCACGAGGAGACCAUUAUAAACCUGCAAUUUCCCAUCGAGAUUUAAACAGCAGAAAUGUUCUAGUGAAAAAUGAUGGAACCUGUGUUAUUAGUGACUUUGGAUUGUCCAUGAGGCUAACUGGAAAUAGACUAGUGCGCCCAGGGGAAGAAGAUAAUGCAGCCAUAAGUGAGGUUGGCACUAUCAGAUAUAUGGCACCAGAAGUGCUAGAAGGAGCUGUGAACUUGAGGGACUGUGAAUCAGCUUUGAAACAAGUAGACAUGUAUGCUCUUGGACUAAUCUAUUGGGAGAUAUUUAUGAGAUGUACAGACCUCUUCCCAGGGGAAUCCGUACCAGAGUACCAGAUGGCUUUUCAGACAGAGGUUGGAAACCAUCCCACUUUCGAGGAUAUGCAGGUUCUUGUGUCUAGAGAAAAACAGAGACCCAAGUUCCCAGAAGCCUGGAAAGAAAAUAGCCUGGCAGUGAGGUCACUCAAGGAGACAAUCGAAGACUGUUGGGACCAGGAUGCAGAGGCUCGGCUUACUGCACAGUGUGCUGAGGAAAGGAUGGCUGAACUUAUGAUGAUUUGGGAAAGAAACAAAUCUGUGAGCCCAACAGUCAAUCCAAUGUCUACUGCUAUGCAGAAUGAACGCAACCUGUCACAUAAUAGGCGUGUGCCAAAAAUUGGUCCUUAUCCAGAUUAUUCUUCCUCCUCUUACAUUGAAGACUCUAUCCAUCACACUGACAGCAUUGUGAAGAAUAUUUCCUCUGAGCAUUCUAUGUCCAGCACACCUUUGACUAUAGGGGAAAAGAACCGAAAUUCAAUUAACUAUGAACGACAGCAAGCACAAGCUCGAAUCCCCAGCCCUGAAACAAGCGUCACCAGCCUCUCCACCAACACAACAACCACAAACACCACAGGCCUCACGCCAAGUACUGGCAUGACCACUAUAUCUGAGAUGCCAUACCCAGAUGAAACAAAUCUGCAUGCCACAAAUGUUGCACAAUCAAUUGGGCCAACCCCUGUCUGCUUACAGCUGACAGAAGAAGACUUGGAGACCAACAAACUAGACCCAAAAGAAGUUGAUAAGAACCUCAAGGAAAGCUCUGAUGAGAAUCUGAUGGAGCACUCUCUUAAACAGUUCAGUGGGCCAGACCCACUGAGCAGUACUAGUUCUAGCCUGCUUUACCCACUCAUAAAACUUGCAGUAGAAGCAACUGGACAGCAGGACUUCACACAGGCUGCAAAUGGCCAAGCGUGUUUAAUUCCUGAUGUUCUGCCUACUCAGAUCUAUCCCCUCCCCAAGCAACAGAACCUUCCCAAGAGACCUACUAGUUUGCCUUUAAACACCAAAAAUUCAACAAAGGAGCCCCGGUUAAAAUUUGGCAGCAAGCACAAAUCAAACUUGAAACAAGUAGAAACUGGAGUUGCAAAGAUGAAUACAAUCAAUGCAGCAGAACCUCAUGUGGUGACAGUCACCAUGAAUGGUGUGGCAGGUAGAAACCACAGUGUUAACUCCCAUGCUGCUACAACCCAAUAUGCCAAUGGGACAGUACCAUCUGGCCAAACAACCAACAUAGUGACACAUAGGGCCCAAGAAAUGCUGCAGAAUCAGUUUAUCAGUGAGGAUACCCGGCUGAAUAUUAAUUCCAGUCCUGAUGAGCAUGAGCCUUUACUGAGACGAGAGCAACAAGCUGGCCACGAUGAAGGUGUUCUGGAUCGUCUUGUGGACAGGAGGGAACGGCCACUAGAAGGUGGCCGAACUAAUUCCAAUAACAACAACAGCAAUCCAUGUUCAGAACAAGAUGUUCUUACACAGGGUGUUCCAAGCACAGCAGCAGAUCCUGGGCCAUCAAAGCCCAGAAGAGCACAGAGGCCUAAUUCUCUGGAUCUUUCAGCCACAAAUGUCCUGGAUGGCAGCAGUAUACAGAUAGGUGAGUCAACACAAGAUGGCAAAUCAGGAUCAGGUGAAAAGAUCAAGAAACGUGUGAAAACUCCCUAUUCUCUUAAGCGGUGGCGUCCCUCCACCUGGGUCAUCUCCACUGAAUCACUGGACUGUGAAGUCAACAACAAUGGCAGUAACAGGGCAGUUCAUUCCAAAUCCAGCACUGCUGUUUACCUUGCAGAAGGAGGCACUGCCACAACCAUGGUGUCUAAAGAUAUAGGAAUGAACUGUCUGUGAAAUGUUUUCAAGCCUAUGGAGUGAAAUUAUUUUUUGCAUCAUUUAAACAUGCAGAAGACGUUUAAAAAAAAAAAAAAAAAAAACUGCUUUAUCCUCCUGUCACCACCCCCUCCCACCCCUGCAACAAGGACUUGCUUUAAAUAGAUUUCAGCUAUGCAGAAAAAUUUAGCUUAUGCUUCCAUAUUUUUAAAUUUUGUUUUUUAAGUUUUGCACUUUUGUUUAGUCUCGCUAAAGUUAUAUUUGUCUGUUACGACCACAGAGUUAUAUGUGUGUGUAUCAAAAGUGGUCUCAAAAUAUUUUUUUAAGAAAAAAAGCAAAAACAAUGUAUUGCUGAUAAUCAGUUUGGACCAGUUUCUUAAGGUCAUUAAAACAGAAGCAAAUUAAGACAGGUUUGAGUACAGUGGUGUCUGGUAUCCAUGUUUUAUUUCUGGGCACAAGCUAGUUUUUUAUGUUGAUGUGUUCCUGAACAUAUUAUCUGUUGGACAUCUUUCUCUUGUGUUUUAUUUGAAUGUGCAAUAGUUUAUAGGCCACAAGUAAGCAUUCUUGUAAGCUCUCUUCGUAAUAGGGCACAUAUUCUUCCAUAAUAUAAGCAUUUUUUCUGCCUCAUCUCCCAUACUUUUGUAGGUCAGUUCUAUGACAGUGAAUUUUGCACAGGAGAAGCAGCUACCUGAUUUCUCACUUUCUCCCUCCUUGUCAAGGAGAAUGCAGAAAUAUUGUCUUAAAGGGCUCUAAAGAAGGAACUACCAAAACCUGAUUUUAAAUGCCAUUGCUUUUAACCUUCCAAAUCCUAAAUAUUUUCUUCCAGGCAUUUUAAUAAACAUAUUUGCUUCUGGUUUUGGGAGUUCAUAAAAGAGAAUAGAACAAAAUACAGGACAUCGAAUAUUAGCUAUUUCCCAUUUUAUUUUAUUUUUCUAUGUAUGCUCAUGUUCCAUGUUCAUUUAUUUAAGAAAUACAUUUUUAUUGGUAAGCUUAUAGAGCUAUACUUAUGAAAUUUUUAAGUAGGUAAAUAAAUGAUUAAGACAAAAUAGUGUUAUAGCCUUUAUUCUCUGAAUAGGUCAUCUUUGACUCAUAAAAUUACACUUACUGUUUAUUAUAACUUCAGAAGUAAUUUAUAGUUCUGAAUCUGUAGUAUCAUUUACUCUGUUCCUAAGCAAAGACUGGUGACUUUAUCUGAAAAUGAUUCCUCUUCACAUGACCUAAAACACUGUGUGGAAAAAUCAUUCAAGUGGCAUGCCAAAUCCCUAUGGAAGGAAGGGCUUCUGUCAAACCUACCAUUUUUGAGGAGACUGAGGCUAAACUUCUCUUUUGAGAAUUAUGUGUUAUCAUCUUUAAUUCUAUUUUCAUAAUUUUUCCUUUUGCCAGUUUUUCACAUUAUCUUUGAUAUGUGAGCAACAUUUACUAUUUUGACUUGAAAUCAUUGUUUUUUAAAGCUUCUCUUGCUUCUUUCAUUGCUUAUAAUCUUCUCUAAAACAACCUCUACAUGUUUUUUUUUUAAUAAAGCACUUUCUGUCAAAUAAGGGACUUUUUUCUAAACACAAAUUAUUUUCCAUCAACUUGCAAACAAUGAUUUCACUUAAAAAAUUUUUUUUAAAUUAUCAGAGUAGUUAGUAAAUGUCAUAUAGUUAAGUUCUAAGAUAUUUCCAGGGAUUAAAAGGUUAAGAGGAAAACACAAAUCACCAAAUUUCUGAUUUAGGUUUUUAUCUCCUGAACAAUAUUUUUCACUAUAUUCCUCUAUCUCAUCACUUAGCUAAAGACAGCCUGAAUUUCCCAAUUUUCUGUCCAAAAUACUUGUGAUUUACUUGUAUAUAAGCCUUCUGAUUUGCCGCGUGCCGUGAUCUUACAAGUUAGUUGUUACUACACUUACCAUUUAUUCAGCUGGAUUGCUGAGAACAGUUCUGGAUUCUUAGAAUUAAGAUUAUUUUAUUAGUGCCCAGAAUUUCCACAUUUUGUGUUUUAUUGGCCCUUAUCUUCAGAUCUGUAACCGAUUUUCAGUCUUCUGGCAUAUAAUUUUUUUCACAGUUAUUAUCCUUCUAUUAACAAAUUAUUUAUAUCUUUCCCAGUACAUUUUCACUUAGUUCUCUUGACCUUAAAUAUCUUUCAUAUGCAUUUUAGGAUAUUCUUUUCAAAUAUUUGUAGGACAACUUUGAAUCAAAAUAAAUUAUAUUCCUUCUCCAAUUUGAAGCAUUGAGGAUAAAUGACCAUUUGAGGCCUAACUGAUCUUUUCCUUCCAGGAGAAUUAUCUUACAUUCUGCUGUAUUUGUAUUUAGGCCAGUCUAUUGUAGGUUUUUCAACAUUUUCUACUAUUUGGAAAAUGAUAACAAAAGCCUUAGAAAAUUAAUAUGCCAGAUUAAAAUAACUGAAUACUAUUUCAUUCAAGCAUGUUUAAAACAAAUAAUUUCCUUUCACCAGUUUUUCUUAGUGGACUCUUGAAAAGUAGGAAAAGUGGAAAGUAUAUAUUAUUUUAAUAAAUUUUAAAUUAAAUUAUACAUCAGACUUAAAAUCUAUAAGAUACAAGCAAGCAAAAUUAUUUUAAAUGACUUAAUUAUUUGCUAAUAUUCAUCUGAUAAUAAGUGUUUCUUAAAGUUGACAUUUAACUGCCAUCACAAAAUUUUACAUGUACAAAAGUGGGUCCUUUUGAAUAAAAGAUUAUUCAGCUAAAAAUAUUAAAAUUUAUUUCACUAGAUGGUAAUGUAACCUUAAAAGCAUCAUAAUAAGUAAAGUCUAAUAUUAGUUCCCUUAACAAAAUCCUAACUGUAUUCCAGAAUUAGGUCAUUGAAAGAACUUGAUUUGAAUUACGUUUAGACAAAAAUGAUUUAAUUAUAAAUUGUUAACUCUUUCUAAAUGCAUAAUUGGCAAAAAAGGAAAAAAAAAAAACAACUGUUACCAGUGUAGGAAGUUACGAAAAGACACAUACUGAAUGCUGAAGUAUACAAAUACUAGUUAUUUUAAACCUCAGAGCAACCAUAUGAGCAUUAUAAUUAAUAUUCCCAUUUUACAGAUGAGGAAACUGAAGCUAAGAGAAACUAAGUAAUAUGCCCAAGAUCCACAUUUAGUAACAGACAAAGGUGGGAUUUCAGUCUGGGUCUACCUCAGUCCACAUUUUUUCAUCCAUACCACACUGCCUACAUGCCAUAUGACAGGAUGUGUAAUGGGCUAAGGUUUACUUUAAAAAUUUAGUCACUGUACUCUGGCAUAAUUGUUAUUUGUAUAUAAGCCAAACCACAUACUUUAAUGAUUUGAGAAGUUAGGCAAAUAUAAGGUAUGUAGACAUAGUCUAUGCUGAUUGUUGCUUGAGAAAUAAUUGCUAAUUCAAGACAAAACUCAAUCCUCUGUCUCCUAUUGUGAACCUUAAAAUCAUUUCACUUCACUCAUAACAUUCUUAUAUUGCAGAACUAAAGGUAAAGUAAAUUUCAAGGAAAAAGUUAAGAUAGCUUUUGUGAACAGCAACUUUUCUCUAAAUUGAUUCCAUAGUAGACUUGGGGGAAUUAAUUUAACACAAAAUUUCAGUCUCAUCAAUCCUUUGAAUCCAUCUUCAAGACUUCUGCUUUUAAUAAAUUUAGAGAAUUUACCAAUCCAUAGAACUAAUUGAGUAGGAUAUAGGAAGGAUACAAGGAUAAUGUCCUUUUUAUAAAACAGUUUAGUAUAGGUUCUUUACAUGUAUCCAGUUUUUCCAGAAAAUAUGCAUUGGUUCUGAAUGUAAACUAUUUGAAGAGAGAAAGAAACACUCAAGUAAGUGUGGGCUUCAGUGGGAAUUAUCACAAAAAUUGGCAAGUAUUUUUAUUUAAAUUAUUUUCAAAUUUGACUUCUACAGCCAAAUGGAAUUAGUAGGCUGUAGCUGUUAUACUGAAAUUUUCCAGUCUCUUUAAGUCUCUCCUGAAAAUUAUUUAAAAUAGAAAAAUACUUCAAUGAACUUUUUAUUCCCUUUUUCAUAUUUAUGAACAUGAAUAUUUUAUUGGAGAUCAUUAACUCCUAGAAUUUGAGAAUAUAUUUCUAUACAGCAUUUUACAAAGUUAUGUUGAACUUACUACCUGUUAUGUGCAGGUUAUCUAUUAUGUAACUAUUCACAGAUUGCUUCAUAUGUUGCUUUAUCUUCCCAGCUAACUUCUUAAAGUUAGAAUCUGUACAUACAUGUUGGUUAUCUAGACCAGUCAUUCUAGAAAUUGUUUAACCUCUCACAUAAACCCCAAGAGACUUUCAGAAUGCAGUGUUUCAAAUAUACUGUUUACUGGCAAUUUACUUCUCAGCACAUAAGGUUGCAUUUUAACUUUUACGUUAUGAACUGUGCAAACUUUACCCAAAGCUACCUUGCAUGAUUCCCUCCUAAAUAUAUUCCUUGAUUAAGUAAAUCUGGCAAAUCACUGUUUGAGCUAGUUACAUCAAAUUUGUUAUCAAGAGAAGGCUUCUCUACAAAUUUCCCGAUGAACAUACGAGAAAAGAGGAAAUCGGAGCAUUUAAGUGCGCCUUCCCAUUACUUUCCUUAAAUCACCUCAUAGUUUAUGUCUGACUUAACUCUACACCUUAGUUAUCUGAUUGGUUGUCUGUGUCAGGAAAGUUUUCUUCAUAUCUAUUCUGUCUCUCUCCUCUUUAAUCUUAAAUUAUUUUCUUUUACCCAGUAGGACCCAAAAGAGAUCAGUUGGUCAUCAUCCCCAGUGUUCUUAGUCUUCAGUAUGCUUCAGGCCUCUCAAUGAACAUUGAAGCCUCAAUUCUUCAGACAAAAUGACUAGAUCUUUCUCCUCAGUCCUAUUGUAAUGACUUUAUUUUUAAGAACAUAAAAUUAUAUUUUCUUUUAUAUUCAAAUUCAUGACUCCAGUUAAGUAACAGUUUGAUAGUUUGAUUGAAUUGAGAGUUAAGAUGUUUCUAUUUGAAAAUGGAUUCAACCAUCAGACUACCAGCAAAUCAGCUCUUAAUUUUUAUAUUAUCUAACAUUUUCUAUUGUGGAAUUUUAUGAUUUUAUAUUCUCACUAGUUAUAACUAAAAAGCCAUGCAUACAGAAUUGUAUAUCAUUUUGCCAUUAAAAUUUUUUAACUUAUAUUGCAGCAAGCUUAGUUUUAUGAUUGAGCCACAACAUUUUACAUAUUUCUUUGUAUCAAAUAUUAAAUGCUAAAUGCAAGACUAACUUUCAAAAGCAAACCUUACAUUAAUCAGGUAUAUCUAUGGACAUUUUUGUAGACCACUUUUGAAAUACUUAUUAUUUUGCAACAUAGACUGGACUAUAACAACUUUCAUUUAACUUUUAAGUGAUUGAUUUGAGUGUGCAUAUAAAGAAAAACUUAGAAAUUUAUCUCAUGGCAGAUACAUUUGAAAGUACUUCAGAAGAAUUUAUGCUGUAUAUUAAAACUAUGCUCAAAAUAAAUCAUAUCCUAAAUAUUUCAAUUCUCUUAUUAUUGUGAUGUUUAUAGUGUUACUAUUAAACAUUGUGAACAUACACUUUCAUUUUUAAAACAAUUUGAAACCCAUUUUAAAAUCUGGGUAGGAGAGAAGGAAUCUUCAGAACCAAAUCACAUCACUAGGGUGUCCAGUUUAUGACUGAAUUUUUAAGCAAAUUGUUGUAUUUGAAACUACACUUGAUUUGUUUUUCAGUUUUAAAAGGCAACAUGUUGGUUUUAUACAUUUUAUUUAUACCUUUAGAUUUCAGAAACAUCUUCAUGGUUUUUUUUUUCAUAUCCUUGCAGUAAUUGGUAACAAUCUUCAUGUUUUAAGAUUCAUUCUAUAGAUGUCAUAUUACUUAAAAACUCAGGGCCCCUUUCAUCCCUUUGUACACUGAAAAAGUUCAAUUGGUAGCAAAUAAGCAAUUAGAUCCAGUUGAAUAUUUAAAGUGUUUGUUGCACAGCUCAUUUAAUGUUUCACCUUAUUUGACUUUUUCACAUAGAGUAUCAGAUUUUAUUAAUCAUAAAAAGUUACCCAGUUCUGUAAUUACUGAACAGAGGGAAUGACUCAACUAAUUGGCUACAUGUUGCAACAAACUUAGGCCUAUAGCCUGAAGCACUGACUUAAAAGGAUUUACAUUUCUGCUCUUUGGUUAAAUGACCAUACAUGAUAUGGGACAAAUUGUUUCAUUUUGUUUGUUUUUAAUAAGAUAACUUAGUAAAGUAGUUCCUCUCAGAUAGGAUUUUCUCCACAGACAAUUUAGGGUUAUGAAGCGUUCUUCUAAAAGUGAACUAAGUAUUUUAUAACUUUAGUAAUAACUUGAAUGGUUUUGAGAAAAUAACCUAUAAUAUCACAUUGUCAGAGUCAAACAAUUUUUCUUUGAAUCAGACAAGUUCAAGCUCUAAAUUGAUACACUAUAUACUUAAAGUCCUAGAAAGUUAUCCAUAAGCAGUCUUGUCUCAGGCUCUUCACCUUAUUACCAAUCCUCUCAAGUAUGUAAAGGAAACAUAUUUUUAAAGAAGCUUAAAAGUAAGAAAAAAAAUACUAAAAAAUGCAAUUCAAAGAUGAAUAGGUCUCAGUUUAACAUUGAAUUGCUUGACUUCUGUGGAUUUUCUUUUUCUGGCCACAUUUAUUUAUUUAAGUAAUUUUUGUAUGCCUUGUCAUUUUGUUCCAUAAGAGAUUUUAUUGUAUCAGUGUUUAUGUAAGCUGGAAUCAUCUUCAGUUUUCUGUUGAUAAUUUUUCAAAUAAAGAUACAUGGAUAAUUGUAAAAUACACUAACUCUUAGGGUGUUGUAAUAGCUGAAACAAGGAGAUGUGUAGCUGCCAUGCUUUUUCUGAAUGGACAGGAGAAACAUAAGCUACAGAGUAUUCAUUUCUGAGGAUGCUUUUCUGGAAAAAGAAAGGCUAGAAAAUAUUCGCACUUCCUCAGAACCCUCUUUCUUGUUAACGGGUAUCUUUUGUUGGUGUGUUUUGCUCUUACAUUACAGAUAGACUGUCAUAUAUGAAUUUAUGAAUAAUUUCAGUUACUUUGCUUUUGUAUAAGCUGUCUGAAACCUUGCUAUGCUGUAUAAGUUGUGUUUGAUGGAUCAGUGUGAGUAUAAAAUAAAGCAAAUCACUCUUCUUUUGUAUUAUCUAUGGAUGCCACUAUGAAAGCUGACAUUAAGCCACUAAAGAGUUUUCUAUGAAUAAGUGUAAGUAAAUGCUUUGAUAUAUAUAAACCUAAAUAAAAAGAUUGUAUUGAUACAGAGACAUUGGAGGAGAUUUUAAGGCAGUUCUUUAGGUUUAAAAAGGCUUGCUGUAAAAUGGUGCAUUAUUCCGUUUAUUAAAGAUCAUAUUAAUGACAAUA